ACUGGGGCAAGGAACUUCCUGUUCCAUUUUUCCAGAGCCCUUCCCUAGGCUGGCGGAGGCUGGCUUUGGCCCUGGAGUCCUCAGAGAACCCCUCUAGCAUCUCUGCCUGUGUAGUGGGGACUCGGAGUGGUGUGGGAAGAGAGGAGAGAGACCCGAGAGUGGGGCCGGCUGUAGGGAGGCAUCCCCACAGUGAAGGAUGCUUGAAGAAUCAAUCUUGGCUGCCCUGGAGCAGGAGCAGCUGGGGGAAGUCAAGUUGGAGGAGGAGGAGGCUGCCAGCCCAGAGGACCCCAGGCGGCCAGAGUCCAGGCUGAGGCCCGAGGUGGCUCACCAGCUGUUCAGAUGCUUCCAGUAUCAGGAGGACAUGGGGCCACGGGCAUCCCUGAGCCGGCUCCGGGAGCUCUGCGGCCACUGGCUACGGCCGGCUCUGCACACCAAGAAGCAGAUCCUGGAGCUGCUAGUGCUGGAGCAGUUCCUGAGUGUGCUGCCUCCGCACCUCCUGGGCCGCCUGCAGGGGCAGCCACUCAGGGAUGGGGAGGAGGUGGUGCUGCUGCUGGAGGGCAUCCACCGGGAGCCCAGCCACGCGGGGCCGCUGGAUUUUAGUUGUAAUGCUGGCAAGAGUUGUCCCCGUGCAGACGUCACCUUGGAGGAAAAGGGGUGUGUUUCCCAGGUCCCCAGCCACAGCCCCAAGAAGGAAUUGCCUGCAGAAGAACCUUCAGUGCUGGGCCCAUCGGAUGAGCCUCCCCCAACCCAGCCAAGGCCUGCCAAGCCUGCUGAGCUGGGACAGUGGAGACUUCCCCCAAGUUCAAAGCAGCCACUGAGCCCGGGGCCCCAGAAGACAUUCCAGGCCCUGCAAGAAAGCAGCCCCCAGGGCCCCUCACCAUGGCCAGAGGAGAGUUCCGGAGAUCAGGAGCUGGCGGCUGUGCUGGAGUCCCUGACCUUUGAGGAUGUGCCAGAGAAUAAGGCGUGGCCUGCACACCCCCUGGCCCUGCAGGAGCUGCUGGGACAGGGGCUGGAAGCAAGCAGGGCCCCUCAGAAUGACCAGGGCCACCAAAGCCCAAAGGCAAGAGUCGUGGAACCCCAGGAUAGGAUGGGACAGAACAGGACAGGGCCCCCAACCCCAUCUUUAUCUCACCAGCUGCUGCUGGCUGCCAAGCCUCCCCUGAAUGGGGGCAGACCAGGGAGGGGCAUACUGACCUCCCGGCGCAACGCGCAUCUGCGGCGGCACCUGGCUACCCAUGCGGAGCCAGGGCAGGAGCAGGCCGAGCCCCCGCAGGAGUGCGUGGAGUGUGGCAAGAGCUUCAGCCGCAGCUGCAAUCUGCUGCGACACCUGCUGGUGCACACGGGCGCCAGGCCCUACUCCUGCACGCAAUGUGGCCGCAGCUUCAGCCGCAACUCCCACCUGCUGCGCCACCUGCGCACCCAUGCCCGCGAGACGCUAUACUAG